GACAGACAGUAACCAGUAACUACUAAUCUCUUUCGCUAACGAACACAAAAAUUAAGAUUUCUAUGGCUCCAAAACUCUGAGACAGAGCAAGAAACAGAGAGAAGAUAAAGUGAGGAAAAAAAAAUGGCAACGGUCACGAUUCUCUCUCCCAAAUCGAUCCCAAAGAUCAUAGAUUCGAAGUUUGGUGUUAAGGUUCCUGAUCAGACCGUCAAUGUCGUGAAAUGCGGCAAUUCCGGCCGGAGAUUGAGGUUAGCGAAGCUGGUCUCAGCUGCUGGAUUGUCACAGAUUGAACCAGACAUAAACGAAGACCCCAUUGGUCAAUUUGAGAUUAAUAGCAUUGAAAUGGAAGAUUUCAAGUAUGGAUAUUACGAUGGAGCUCAUACUUACUAUGAAGGAGAAGUUCAAAAGGGAACAUUUUGGGGAGCAAUUGCUGAUGACAUUGCUGCUGUGGAUCAAACAAAUGGAUUUCAAGGUUUAAUCUCUUUGAUGUUUCUUCCUGCUAUAGCUGCAGGGAUGUAUUUUGAUGCUCCGGGUGAGUACUUGUUCAUAGGUGCAGCGUUGUUCACGGUAGUGUUUUGUAUAAUAGAGAUGGAUAAACCAGACCAGCCACACAACUUUGAGCCUCAGAUAUACAAAUUGGAGAGAGGAGCUCGCGAUAAGCUCAUUAAUGAUUACAACACAAUGAGCAUCUGGGACUUUAAUGACAAGUAUGGUGAUGUAUGGGAUUUCACCAUUGAGAAAGAUGAUAUCGCCACACGAUAAGAUAUCGAUUCUGAUCUUUUUAUAAUCAUGACUUUGGAUGGAAGCUGUUUAUAAAUUGAUUAAUGAACCUGCUACAAUGUGUAUAAUAAAAAAGAAAACCUAGAAA